CGCCUACCUGCAGACGUCCAGCGCCAGAGCAAAGGCUGGCCCUUGGCAGGGAACUGCCCAGAAAGUGGAACUCUGGAGACACUCCUAAAACUCUGCCCUAAGUCAAAGGAACCAGAGGGUCCACCAGGUCUCCCUCCACCUCCCUUUCCAGGAGCAGCCAUGGCCCUGAGUGAUGUGGAUGUGCAGAAGCAGAUUAAGCACAUGAUGGCUUUCAUUGAGCAGGAAGCCAAUGAGAAGGCAGAAGAAAUAGAUGCCAAGUCUGAGGAAGAGUUCAACAUUGAGAAAGGACGCCUUGUGCAAACCCAACGACUAAAGAUUAUGGAGUAUUAUGAGAAGAAAGAGAAGCAGAUAGAGCAGCAGAAGAAAAUCCAGAUGUCUAUCAUGAGGAAUCAAGCAAGGCUGAAAGUCCUGAGAGCUCGAAACGACCUCAUCUCAGAGUUGCUGAAUGAUGCAAAACUAAGACUUAGCAGGAUUGUGGCAGACCCAGAAUUUUACCAGGGGCUGCUGGAUAAACUAGUGCUCCAGGGUCUGCUCCGACUGCUGGAGCCUGUGGUGAUUGUACGCUGCAGGCCACAGGACCUCCUCCUGGUGGAGGCUGCAGUGCAAAAAGCCAUCCCUCAAUACACAGCAGUCUCCCACAAACGUGUGGCAGUCCAAGUUGACAAAGAGGUGCAACUGGCUACGGAUGCAGCUGGAGGUGUGGAGAUCUACAGCGGCAAUCAGAGAAUAAUGGUUUCCAAUACUCUGGAAAGUCGGCUGGAUCUCUUAUCCCAGCAAAAGAUGCCAGAAAUACGAAAGGCCUUGUUUGGAGACAAUGCCAACAGGAAGUUUUUCACAUAAGCCUCUAGGAAGUGAAGCUCAUGUUGAACUUCUAAGCCAUAAAAGCAUAAGUUGUUAGGGCAAAGGAAACUAGUAAUAUCUCCUCUUUUUUGCUCUGGUAUUUGUCUAUCUUUGUGAAAUGCCCUUUGGCCAGCUAAAGACAUUAUACUUUGGAAUAAAGCCUGACAAUGCUUA